AGGCGGUGGUACAAGCUGUGACACAACGUACGAAGGAUAUCGUGUUUCAACACUUGCUUAAUACAUAAAUAUCUAAGAUGGAAAGGACUUGUUGACUUGAACGAACAACACAGCUUAUACAUGUACAGCUAUCGCGGUUUACUCAAUCUAACCAGACCGGGCUACUUGACAAUGUCACAUUUUCUAUCACCUGGAAAAACCUAGACAGCGUGGCAAUUGGAAGCGUAUAGCAUAGUUUGCCGCGGCCAUGGAUAAAUUCAUCACCAUUCUGAUAUUUGGGAGCGCAUACGUAGCAUCUUCAUGUAUACAAUGCAAAUCUUCAUGGAUACAACCCACAUGCAUAGAGUCGAACGCCAAUUCCCAUUGUAUUCCCGAAGGGUUUGACCUCGUUAUCAACUGUACGCGUAAUCCAGAAUGGUGUCCAACUGAAGCUUCAGCAAACAUAAGUUUGCGAAAGCAACCCGUCAACUCUACAACGUCACAGACGCUACAGGAAUGGACAGAUGUUGGUCAAGGGAUUCAAGUUUCAAUACCAACCGUGUCUGAAAAUGAUUCUGCCGUCUACCAGUGUUGUUAUCAAGAUGACUGCGCAGGACUACGCUUCAUAGUCGUCAAACCACCGCUUAGACCAAAGAAAUUUGAAUGUGUUAUAUAUAACAUAGACUACAUGGAAUGCACAUGGAUCAGCGUACAGAAGUGGGUCUCCUGGUCCAUAGAAUUCGAAACUAUCCCUGGACCGACUUUGAGAUAUAAAGAACCAGUAUUAAACCAAACAGGAUGUAAUCAAAACGGGGAUCCUGUACCACUCGAUAAUGAUCCUCAGUGUACCUGCGUCAUCGACAACGAUACAACAUGUGUACGCAAUGUGUGGAGGUUGGACAUACCGAGACUGGAUGUGACGUACAAUUUCAACUUGACAGGGAAGGGUCUUUACGGAACAUCCUCGCACUACUUCAAUAUUACUUCUAACUAUGCUAUCGAAAAGCUUGGCAACCUGUCCGGAUGUCGGCACAGCUUUAACGGAACCAGAGUCGCAGUUUGUUGCUUAUUCCCAUUUCCUCCAGAAGGAUUUACAAAUGGUAUCAAAUGUAAUAUUACGGCCCAGUCUAGAUACAGUUCACAGUUUGACACCAUCCGAUGCACAGAAGAAAAAGAAAAACAAUUUUGUUAUCAUCUGGAAAAAAGUCAUCCGUAUACGUCUUACACAGUGACUUUGAUGUGCCAAGUCAGCCAAAGUCGGUAUUGGGGCACUCCGCAUGUAUACCAAUUUAAAACACCAGAAGAUGUGCCGUUAGUUGGCCCUUCAACUAGCAAGCAGUCCUAUACAGCCUGGUGCAGGGCAGAACAACUACAUAUUCUAAUAUAUAUCAAGCCACCAAACGAAUACCAAACACAAGGAGUAUUGACUGGUUAUCACAUGCAAAUAAAUUCUUCCGUUGACUAUUGGAAUGUGACGUUCAAUGGAAACAAAGCAACAUUAUCCAUAAGCGAGUAUUAUACAACAUGUGGGGUUUCUGUAAAAUAUGAUGUCAUCAUAUGGUCACAGACGAAAAGGGGUGAUUCGAAGGAAGGAACACCAAUGUCCAUUAGAGCUAACUUAACAAGUAUGUCCAUAACCGAAGUUAUUGUAGAAGAAACAAAUUCUGGAUACCUGGUUAGUUGGAAAGGUAAAACGGGUCAAUCUAGCAACUGCACAUAUCACUGGUGUCUCACCGACCCCCAUUCACAGGACAAUAAAUAUAACGCCACCUGUCUGGGAAGGUAUAACUUCACAGAAUCAACAGAUAAACAAUUACUUAUCCCAUUGAAAAAAGACAGUGGAUCAAAUUGGCAGUUCGGUGUCUCACAGAAAGAUACUGGGAUCCGAUGGCAAGACUGUGUCUUUGAGAAUGGGCCGCCACUCAAAAAACCUGACCGUCUGGUUGUUACUGUGGAAUCAAACAUAAAAUUAUACCCCUUGUCAUUUUGUUCACGAAAGUCUCGGUUAGGACCCAGACCAUCAUCGUACUUUGUAUCGUAUGCCAACAUUGAAACCAACACAGACAAUAACAUCACAUUUCCUGCUGAUUCGACGACCGCAUUCAGUAGCAAACAGCUAGGUCUGCGUGCUGAGAAGAACUACUCCGUCAAAUACAAGAUCCUAUACUCAGAUGGUCUUCAAUCAGAUUAUAGUGAUGAAGUGUUUAUAGAUACACCGGCGAAAGUCGCCGAUACGACAACAGACGUCUGGAGGAUAUUAGGAGCUAUCAUAGGAGGCAUCGUCUUUCUUGUUAUCUUGUUAAUUUUGGUGUACAAAGCACAAAAGAAGUGGAAGAACUUUGACGACAAAAUUGAGAACGUGGCUAUACCAGACCCAAAUUUUAAUGAGCAUUGCCACACAGAAGUAAUCGGAGAGAUGCUGACCAAUUCACCAGAAAGUGGUCUUGGCACCCUAUCUUCGACGGCUACCAAUCAGACUCCUAAUGCAGAACUGUCUGCAACACAUCCUCUUCUCAAUAUGCCAUGGAAUAUAUAUGAAGAAUCACAUGAUAAUCUGGCGAACAAUGCUAAAGAAGAGUCGACGGAAGAAGAACCGGCGCAGUGUCCCUCUGUCGGGGAUGGUGACAUAUCUAGUAAUAGUCGAAAUAACACAAUCAAUAUGAUUAGCACUACUCAGGUAGGGUUUUCCAGAAAACAGAACACAGAUUACAUUCAAGUUUGCAAUAUUGUCCCAAAAUGUCCUUCAGCAGUAGCAAGAAGCAACUAUACAGAAUCGUGUUUAUCUUCAAGGAAUUUUAGUGGAAAGUCAGACUCCGAAUACGAUUCCUACCAAAUCUUAUCCCGAAAUAUGUCUGGCCCAACAAACUCUGACAGUGCUUAUUCUCAAAUCACCACAGAAAACGAGAUAUCAACUUCGGAGAGUUCUUUUAAUGUGUCUUUAAUAAAUGAUCGAAAUGUGAUCGUCCAAAGCGGUUCUGGUACACCAAAUCAUAGUGUGAACUAUCAAAAUGCGAUCGUACAAAGGGGUUGGAACACCCAAAGUCAUGACAUUGUAUGUGAUGUGUUUAGUCAAAAUACGACAGACAAAAACUGUUCUGAUACAACAAUCACAGAAUGCGGCAUGGAUGUUCAGACUAGUACUCAAAAUAAUUCAACCAAAAUCAGCUUAGAUCCAACAACCUGUGACAUAGCUUAUAUGCAACCUCAAGGCGAGGGAUACAAAAAAGAACAAAACUGUCACUCAACACAGCAAUCUGCAUGUGGAGAUUACGUUUCUUCAUUGUUCAUUGAAAGCCAACUUCUAGAAAACUCUUGCUCCUAACUAUGCAUGUAUUCACAAUGUUUUCACAAUAAACGCGAUUUCUAACAGGAGCUAUACAUCCUUGUAGGACACAUAUGUGAGUACACCGGUCCUGAGCAUGUGUAUCGAUCGUUCAAGAAUAGCGUUAUUCUUAAUGCAACAUUGAAGUUGUGUACAUGAUCCAUACAAAAUGCACUAUUUCGAGUGUACGUGUGUGAAUAUCUAAUCAUUCAAUUCUACGUGUGAACAUUUAUCAUCGUAUUUCUGCUGAAUUUUAUUGAAUUUUGAUAUACGGUGAAGAUUUACGUACUGCACGUUGUGAGGGAUAGGAUGAAAACGUUGUGAGGGAUAGGAUGAAAACAUUGUUGAAACUUAAGGAACAGAUAUUCUAGUGUUGUGUCUUUGCGAACAACUCUAGCACAUGUGGAUUAUGUACGUCCAUUAACAGCAAUGCUAUCAUUUAUAUGUCCAUUAAUAUCAAAAGCAAUGCUAUCACUAAUAUGUCCCUAAUGAGAAUGUUGUCACUAAUAUGUCCCUAAUGAGAAUGUUGUCACUAAUAUGUCCCUAAUGAGAAUGUUGUCACUAAUAUGUCCCAAAUGAGAAUGUUGUCACUAAUAUGUCCCUAAUGAGAAUGUUGUCACUAAUAAAUAUAUCCGUUAAUAGCAAUGCUAUCAUCGAUAUAUAUGUCCCUAAUAGAAACGCUACCAUUAAUAUGUCCCUUAUAGAAAUGUUAUCAUUAAUGUGUCCAUUAAGAGCAAUGUUAUCACUAAUAUGGCCAUUAACAGCAAUGCAAUUAUCAUAUUAUCAAUAUGUGGCGUCUACAUGAUUGUUUGACUGUUUCAUUUUUAGUCUUAUACUCAAUAUAUUUAAUGUAAAGAAA